AUGGGCUCGCUGUCGCGCAUCGGUCGCGGAUUUCGCGGCCUCGGCGAGGAGCUGCUCGACUUCUACGCCUACGCGACGCUGAGGCAGCAACACGUCAUGAUGGUCUGCGCCGGUGUCGUGCUGGGAGCAAUCGUAGGCGUCAAAAGUCGUCGUCAGCGCCUGGCCAGUGGCGAGUUUAGCGACAACUUGGAGCUCGUGGCGUACUCAACUUCAUCGGUAGACGAGUUCGAAUCUCGCUGGAAUCGGCUUGCGCGCUUCGCGCAGCGCAGGCCGGACUACAAACACACUCGAAUGUUCAAAGCAGUACACUGGGACAAGCCUUUUCCGCACUAUCUGCAGCUCCGGCUUUGGAAAUACGAGGACUCACUCUCUAACUACACAGAUGCAGCUUCAGCUACUGGGCUGCUAAAGAAGGUUGACAUGUCGGCAACAUCGGUGCAGCGCGCGCGCCCGGUGACUAUCAUUGACGACUCAAUCCGUCGCGGCAUUUCUUUUUAA